UAAUAAUCGCGCGACAACGAUACACACGUUCUGCCCCACCUUUCUACCCCAGCUUUCUUCACCCUUACCGGUAACAACGCAGGGUCACUGCGAUACAAUGUCUGGCGCGCCAUCCUCAACAACGCCUCGGACCAACGACAUGCCUUCCUCGGACUCUGCGCGCUCGUAUCUCGAGAAAGUAGCGUCAUCCCUCGCGAACAAUAAUCAUGCAUCCAACGGUGUUCAUAAGGGGGUGACAUUCAAUACUUCCGGCGGUGGUAUUCCGGACGGGGCGGCGUUCCGCCACCAGUCCCCCGAAUCCGACGCGGUCACCUCGUCCGACGACGAAGAACAGAAAAACCUCGGUUUUUUCCCCAAAGGCGCAAUCUCCCAAUUGUCAUCGAGGCGACCGUCGUAUGCUGCCGAAUUCCACACGAGGCAACGCACGUACUCCAUCACUUCGGGAGGGCCACUGUCCCCGACUACCUCACAUCCCUCGACUCCUCAGGGCGACACUGCUGCAUGGGCCGCCAGCGUGUCCGGUCCCGGUGCUGGUCCCGGUGCCGCGCCGAAUACCUUGGCUCCGUUCUGGGGUGGUUCCAUCUGGAAUCCGGACCCCUCAAGGAAGAGUCCCCCAAAGGGGCUCAAUAUGCCGUCGCAGCCCCCCAAUGGAGUCGCACCCAAUGGCCACCCUCUUUUCGUCGGCAGCGAGGCUCUCCCGAGUCCAACCAGCAUGUCGGGGAACAAUAACAACAACUCCGAGUUCCCCAUCCCGAUUCCGCUCCAACCGCAAUUUAGAAACUACCGGUCCAUGUCGUUCUCUGUCGGCCAAAUGGAUCUCGAAGACCAGACGCGACCGAGACUGUCGCCCCCCGGUAUGCUCGGCAGCACUGCUGGUGGAGGUGGAGGUGGAGGAGGUGGUGGUGCUCGGCAACAUACGCAACCCGGCCUUCAACACAGGCCGUCGAGACCCAGCUUACUUUCGGGCGAGCAGUUUGCCGACUCUCCCAGUCCUCUCCGGAGCGUGUUCGAGACGGAAGACGAAGAGAGCAUAGGACCACUUGCUCAGAGCAGCUACUUUCAAGGCCAUCAAUCGGGCUAUUCCAGGACCAAGUAUGACCCCACACAAUUCAGGGGUCGCUCUGCCUCCGCGGCCACCAUACCGGCCAUGCACCACCUUGGCGCCUCCGGCCAUGCGCAUAGAGACACCGAACGGGUAGACGAAUACGAAUCGGCAUUGGCUGAGGAGGAUGACAUGGAUCUUAGUCAAUUCAACGAGCAUCGGCGCUUCAGCGAGGCACCUAGAGCCAUGAGUUCAAUGUACCAGGGUGCCGAAAACCAACGUGUGGAGAACCUGCGUCAGACCUGGCAGUCAGGAGGCCUGUUCGGAGUAGGGGAUUCUGGAGCUCAAAGCAGGCGACAUUCAUUUGCUGGACUCGGUGCGGAGUUUGGAGGCAGCGAUCUUCUCGGAAAAAGAAAUGUUGCCUCCGGUGAAAGUGCCCUCACGGGCAGAGAACCGCUGUACGGCGGCGAGGCCAACCGCAUGCAGACCCGGCAAUCCUUUUCUUCGGCAAAGACUGCGAUCUUGGGCCCAUCUGCUGCGGCCUCGCAACCGCAGCAUCAUCUUCAGCACAUGUCAGGAUAUGCGUCGAACUCCCGCUCUUCGCCUUCGCCCACUGCGCCUCAUCGGGGCAUGAUGGGAGGGAUGCCCAUGCUUCCCCAACCACGCAGCCAACAACUCCUCUAUUUCGUCACCUUCAAGGCGUAUCGGGGCGAUGUUUUCUACGUGCAGGAGGGCACUGGUCUGCGUGUUCGUGUUGGCGAUCUGGUUAUCGUCGAGGCAGAUAGAGGCACCGACCUAGGCACCGUCAUUGCCGAGAACAUCAGCUGGCAGCGAGCGAAGGAGCUGAAAGAGCACUACGCGAAGGAACAGUACAGUGUCCUGAUGAUGUAUGCAUCGCGGCGACCAACCCCGGGUGCCACCCCAGCAGGUGCCAACGUCAACGGAGCCAUUAAUCAGCCCUUCUCGAAUGGAAAUUCGGGCAAUUCCAUGCAAGGCCACGGGCACGGGCACGGGCAAGCCCAAGAGCCUCAGACGGCGGAACUAAAGCCCAAGAUGAUCAAGAGACUUGCUCAGCCUCAUGAGAUUCAGACGCUUCGGGACAAGGAGGCGAAUGAGGCCAAGGCGAAGCGCGUGUGCCAGCAGAAGGUUGCCGAACACAGACUGCCCAUGGAGAUACUCGAUGCCGAGUUCCAAAUGGACUGGAAGAAGUUGACGUUUUACUACUUUGCGGAUUCCUACAUCAAUUUUAAUUCUCUCGUCACGGAUCUUUUCAAGGUGUAUAAGACUCGCAUAUGGAUGUCGGCCAUGAAUCCGGCCUCAUUCGCUCAUCCGGCCGGAUUGCACCAACCAGGAUCCGGAGUUCCGCCCAGUGGUCCGCUGGGAUCAAUCGUGGAAACCUCCAACGAUGUGCUCCACACACAGUACGGAAGUCAGGCGCAGGCCUAUCCGGCGUAUCAGACAAGCUCAGCGGGCGGCUUGAUGGGAAAUGCUCAACGCGGUGGCCCGCAGCAGCCCACUCUGUCACAGCAGCAACAGCAGCAACACGGGUUCCCAUCCCGCAAUUCCCCGGGCGCCUCCGAUUUUAAUCCUCAGAAUGGAUACAAUCCGGCGUACUUUAGUGGCCACUCCCAACAAAGCCCCUAUGAUGGGCAUGGGCAUGUGCACCACGGACAUGGGCACGGGCACAACGGUGCUGGCGAGGUCUGGAUGGGGCUCCAGGGACUUUCCCUCAAUUCUCAUUAAUACCUCGCUUUUUUCAGUCAGCUUUUUUCUCUCGCCCGGGUGUGAUCUGGGUAUAAUCGGUUUUUUUCCUGCCUUUGGCUUCAACUACGUCUUCUCCGCGGUGUUUAUGAUUAUUACGGGUCGAGACAGUACAUUCGUUAUAUGCCCCUUUGCAUUUCAUCAGUUCCUAUGGCAUUUGGUGUCAAUUCUUUCUGCAUACUUAUGUUCAAGAUUGGAAACCCGAGAAUUGGAGUUUGUCCUCGUUUUUUUUUCUCCUGCGUUAUGUUUUUUUUCUCCUACAGGUUACUGUACUUAUUGCGGUGGGAAUUUCCUCGUAUACACCCAAGUUGUCUCACUCUUCCUCUACUCAACUGUCAUCCUUUUUCUUUUUCGCGUUUU